AUGUCACAGACCCUUCUGGCAUUGCUUCCCUUGCAAAUUUUGUCACAACCCAGUUGGCAAACUAGACAUCUUGGAUUUAACAAAGAUGAGACGUGUGGAACUUCCAUAGAUAAACAAUGCAGGGGUUAUGGAACCAUUAUGAACCCUGAAGCUCUCAGAGCUGCUGCAGCUGCAGGACUUGGUAAGGUAAGCUGA